UUCUUUCAGUAAUUGUGUUUUAAUACUGGCACUUAUCGACUACCUUAUAAGAAUGGGUAAAGCUCUUCUUUUUGAUAUUUUUGAUGAGGUUUCAAUACAGGUAAAGCUUUUCUUGAAAUCAUACGAGUGGGGGGAUAACGAGAACACAGAUCAUCAAUCAACCAAUAAAAAACCCCUAUUUUCUUAUUCAAAUCACCCACAACACUGCAAAUUCAACAACUUUUUCAAAUCUUCUCAAUUGAUUCACACUAUGAGCAAUUCAAGACUCUAAAGAUCACCACUUUAACAACAAUCUCAAGAAACAGAGAUAUUCAGGUUCAUAGUUUCAUUUCCUCCUCUAUUGCCAUGGUCAGCCCCCUUAGUUUGCAAACGUCCGACGGUGGUACAAGCAGUCAUAUGUUCCUUAGUGAACUCCGUGAAGGGAGCACCGGACCUAUCAUGAUAAUGGUUUGUAGAAAAUGGGACGUGACAAGUUAAUGGCAGAUACAUGAGCACCGACUAUAUUGUCACUGACAUAAAGGUAGGUGUGAUGCAUUGCACCGCAAGGAAUAACAUUGCCCACUAUUUCUUUGACAAACUCAAAGAGGGCGGUGUAUAUUUGGUUAACUGUUUCGCCGUGCAACCUACAAAUCAGUAUCGGGUUCUUAAAGACAGCCCCUUUGUGAUUGGGUUGCAUGGUCCGACAACUGUGAAGCGGGUUGAUAAUGACGUCGGUCGUUUUGAACGCUACCCUUUCCUGCUUACGGCGUUUAAUAUUAAUAGUAAAACGCUCAACAUCGACUAUGCUCAUCGAUUCGGACGAGAUACCUGCGUUGCAGUCUUUCAAGGCGUCCAUCAGCCGUGUUGCCGUCGACGGUACUAGCGAGCCAAUUACCGAGGAUGUAGCCUGUGUUGGCACCCUAAGUGAGCUUUUAGACAAGGUGCGAGGCAACAAGACUAAAAAGAAGGCCUGCUUAUGCAGAUUCGGAUUCGGAAGAAACAGUUGACAGUGACCCACAUGAAAGGUAUACCGUCUGCACUUAGUGUUAGUAAUGAAAACCCGUACUACUUUUCGAUGCAUAUAUACGUAAACAUAGUAUACCAUUUUUAAUAGUUUUCUUUUCGUUAUUUCA